AUGAACCUCAGUCUUCCUGAUCAGAGCAUGCACAGCUCGGCCGACGACGAGGACAAGCCCGAGGUCCUGCUCCCCUGCUUCAGAAGAAACAUGUACGAAGAAUCACUGCCCUCCACUCCUUACUCCAGCAGCUCCAUCAUCUCACAGCUCCUGCGAAAGACGCUCCCAGCCAAGAGGCCCAUGGACGAGGGUCACUACUUCCUGUGCAGCGCUGACUCAGGCCAGGAGGACCGCAGCAGUGUCUCUUCUAAGGACAGCAUGGCAGAGGCCCCGUCCCCCAACGUGUCCACAGGGGCCAGUGUUGAGGGAGAGCCCCCCAUCAGCGACCACCUACAGGCAAAGAGAGCAAGAGUGGAGAACAUCAUUCGUGUGAUGGCCGGGUCUCCAAUCAACCGGCCGCACGGUGAUGGGGAGAAGUCAGAGCUGGAGGGGAGGGACGGGAGGGACGGGAGGGACGGGAGAGACGCCUAUAGAGAGACAAACAAACGCAAACAACGCCUUCCGCAGCAUCAGGAGCACAGUCUAGACGCGGGCCGAAGAUCAGGCCGCAACGACAACAGCAAAGACGAGGAGUGCCACCGACUUAAAGAGCAACUCCACAGCAUGCAGCGCCUCCUACGGCAGCUGCAGGAAAAGUUUCUACAAGUUUACAACCAGGAAGACGCAGACGACGAGAUGAACCUGGACGAGAGCGCCGCCGGCUCCGAGGAAGACUUUGAACGCAAGAAUGGUAGAGUGGUGGAAGAGUGCAAAGACAGGGUUAAAAUCGGCUACGCCAGGGAAAGCUUAGAGGACGCACUGAAGCAAGAGCUGUCCCGCGCUGUUACCGAGUGCGUAGCUCGCGUUUUUAGGAAAAUUCCGCUUGUGGGGAUGUCUACACCCCCGCGAAUGUGCUCCUCACCGGACAUUGGCAUGGAAGGGAAGCCCACAAGUCAAGAGGCGGCGCAAAGCAGCGAAAUUCCGAUAAAGUCACGCUCAUUCGACUAUUACGAAGACCCGCACAGCCCGCAAGAUCAAACCGAAGCCCUGUCACUGGUGGUGCGUAAGCCAGUCGUGACUCCGCUCAACGCCCCGUCGGUGAAAAGGCCGUUCCCAGUGCACCAAGCGCCUUUUCAGUUCAACUACACGGCUCCGCUCCAUGAUAGCCAGAUUCUGGAGCACUUGCUGAAGUAUGGCCCACAUUCUAGCUUCCUCCCCUGCAUGCCGACCACCACCGCGUUGGACAGGAGCUCCCCAGACGCGGUGGAGCUGCCCUGGGACGCCAUCGCCAUGAGGUCCAAGGUCACGUCGGCGCACCUGGGCCAUCAUCCGCGUCCCUCCGCGCUCGGGCCGGACAACCUGUGCCUGCCCCACGUCAAGCUGGAGUGUGCCGAGCUGCAAGGGAUGGCGGAGAGGAACCCCUACAUGUCGCUCAAUAUCCAGGAGGGUCUCACGCCCAGCCAUCUGAAGAAGGCCAAGCUCAUGUUCUUCUACACCCGCUACCCCAGCUCCAACGUGCUCAAGACCUACUUCCCCGACGUGAAGUUCAACCGGUGCAUCACAUCACAGCUGAUCAAGUGGUUCAGCAACUUUAGGGAAUUCUACUACAUCCAGAUGGAGAAAUUUGCCCGACAGGCCAUUGUGGACGGGGUGGGGGACGUUAAAGACAUCAGCGUCAGCCGGGACUCCGAGCUGUUCCGAGCACUCAACAUGCACUACAACAAGGCCAACGACUUCCACGUUCCCGAACGAUUCCUGGAGAUCGCAGAAAUUACCCUGCACGAAUUUUACAACGCCAUCUCUGCGUCCAAAGACUCGGAUCCCUCCUGGAAGAAGGCCAUCUAUAAGGUGAUCUGCAAACUGGACAGCGAGGUGCCCGACGAGUUCAAGACAUCUUCCUAUUUAUAA